CAAGCACGUUCCAGCAGUUCACUCUCCAUUUUCAUUUUUCAACUUUGUAUCAGUUUUUAUAUUUUAAUAAAUCUAAAAUUAUUGUGGACAUCCCACAAGUCAUUUGCAAAAGACUCGGAUAGUAAAGCUAUUAAACUCCUUCUUUCUUUCAUGAAAAAAGGGGCUACUGCGCAAGUACAGCAGGAAGGGUUGAGACUCCUGAAUACGGUAUACGACAUUGAGGAGUCGCAGGUGUGUCCACUUCCAUCCAGCUCAAUGCUGUCGAUUCACUUGAUAUCAUUUGGGAACGAUUCUUGACCGGCGAACCAAGACGUUGUAGAAGUUUCACAUGUAAAAAUCCAGAUUGUAACGUUAAACCCACACCAAUGUAUUUGAUUCAUGUGAACGAGAGAAUUCUGCUCGAAGGUGGUUAUAAAGACUUGGAAAAAGUUCUUCGAUAUCGUCCAGUUGAUUAUAACAAGAAAUGUCGAUCGAAAUGUGGCUAUGAAAGUGAGGAGUAUACCACAUUAAAUCUUCACAUUUGCAUAAGUUUAGAUGUGCGUGAGCCUACGAACAAAUUAAGAACCAUGGAAGGUCAUUUAAAUGAUUUUCCUCCUCACCUUUAUCUACAGAGACCUUAUAGACUGGUGGGAAUCAUCCAUCAUGAGCCAGGACUAUCGCUUCCAAACGUUGAAGAAGGACAUUUACAAACUUCAGAGCCGGGCCACUUCUCAGCAUAUAUUCUUCUUACUACAGGAUCGUGGAUCCAUUGUGAUGAUUUAGAGGAAAACAUCAACUAUGCGUGCAAACCAAGUCAAACUGUGAAACCUCAUGCUGCAAUUUACGUGAUCUGUGAGACCGAAUGCGACAUUUAAAAACCAUUCUUCGAUAAAAUUACCUAAAUUACCUUAAGUUACCUUUCAAUGAAUGUUAUGUGGUUCUGUACUUAAUAGAAUUUAUUUUUUUUUAUUUUCUUCUCCCUAGGAAAUUUUCGAAAAAAUUUCAGAGAAAAAUGAGAUUCUAUUGACUUUUAUAAAUGUGAUAUAUAGUUAU